AUGCCGUCGCAGCGAAAAAUCAAGUCAGUGCAAGCUAUUGAUGCGGAGUUGGCUACCGAUUGUGGAAUAUCCGUUCUUAAAGCCUUUGAGAGUUUGAGGCAAGCUAAUGGUAGAAAAAGUAUUAGCUUCAUUAAGGUUGAUGUACAAAAUUAUAUUAGGAUGAGAAGACGAAAAGACCUUGAACUUGGUGAUGUGAAUUGGCUGAUGAAUUAUUUCAAAACACAGUCUUUGGAAGAUCCAUCAUUCUUCUAUGCUGUACAAUUGGACAACGGUGCAAUGAUAACAAAUAUAUUUUGGGCCGAUGCAAAAAUGAUAUCAGAUUAUGGCCAUUUUUUAGAUGUGGUGACAUUUGAUACUACGUACAAACUUGUUCAUGGGAAUUGGCCUUUUGCAGUUUUUCUUGAUUUGAACCAUCACCGGGAGACCGUUGUGUUUGGAGCAGCUUUUAUAUAUGAUGAGACAACGGAUUAUUUCGGUUGGUUAUUCAAUACAUUUUUGAAAACCUUGUCCCAUAAAGCACCAAGCACGAUCUUGACCGACCAAGAUACUAUGUCAAGACUGUCUUUGUCAAGUGAUUUCGGUGAGCAUUCUCAUGAACCCAUUGUUACUUCUUCUAGACAGGUACUUGACUACAAGGAAAGCACACAUUGGAUUUUAAAGCAAUCAUCGGAGCUUAAAGCUAGCAUUGGAGUUUGA